AUGGAGCUUUCAAAUUCCAUUCAAGCAGCUGAAGAGAAACCAGGAAACAAGUCCUUGGAUCAAAGUACGGCCAGCACAUCAGGAAAAUCUGAUGUAACAAUUCAAGAACCAAAUGAAGUGAUUCCCGAGAAGUUCUUUAAGAGAUUGAAGGAGUGUAAAGAUCCUAAUUUGAUCAUUGAAGAAUACGAUAAAUUUCAAGAAACUAGAGUGGCUUUUAAUAGACAAGCUUUUAAUUGGACUGUGGACAUGUCCAUGGUUAAUUUGUUUCAAUAUGAAGGUGUGGACACAGAAUGGAUUUAUUCCUACCUGUGCAACAAAUCAGGAACACGUGAAAAAUUGUUGGAAGAUAUCGAAGACAUGUUGACAAUAUUCAUGAUCUGGGGCAAUAAUAUUUCAAAAAUGAGAAUGAGUAUGUCUAAAGAGAGUGUCGCCAUCCUAGACAAUCUUAUAAUGAAAUAUAAUUUGAAACCAAGUUUACGAGGAAUGGACAGGCGCAGAACAAUAACACUCUCAAGGGUUGCAAUGUGCUUCCCUAUCUGCCUCAUCUCAUGCACCAUUCAGCUCCACAAGACAAGGCGUCUUGCUAAUAGACCAUGCCUUGACAACAUACAUUGUUUGUUGAGAUGUUCACCAUUAAUGGGAUAUAUGGCCUAUUCAUUCAGCCAACAUGCUAACAUCCUAAGUUUAGCAAGUGCUGUUAUACGUGACAGUGUAAUUGGUGACAAGAAACGCACCUUGAGUAACUUGAAAUGUUACCAACAAGCAGCACUGCGGUCAUCCAAAAUUCUUGUCAAAGAGGUUGAGAACAAGCUUAAGGAAUAUGGGGUGCUGGAACCUCCAAUCAAUUGGGAUGUGAUUGGCAGGCCUUUAGAGGAUGCAUUAUCAUACAAGAAUGAUAAUAAAACAUUGAUUGAAGUUGCAUCAUUAAUUGAGACAUUCUUGUUCAUGGUGAAACCUCCUGAUGAAUGGUUGCCGUACAUCAGGGCUGACAUAUCCUCAACAGAAGUUGGUCAACCAAUUGAACAAUCAAAGGCGUCAUCUGCGAAUACUUAUUCUUUAUUAGGUAUUGAAUGGAAUAUUUGGAGAGAUAUAGAACUUGGUGGGGGUUGUGGUGUUAGUGAUAGGCAUAAAAAGCCAACAAAUCCUAACGAUCACCGUGGUGUACUCACAACACUUUCAGUUUCAUCUCCUAGAUCUUGGAGUCGUAAUUUUGGUGCAUUGUGGAGAUCUACUUGGUAUUGGCUUCGAUCAUCUGAAAACAAUGCUCAAAUAUAUCCUCAUAGUGAUUCUAAAACUUCAUUGAAUUUUUUCGCAGAUUCUCCAGUCACUAUAUCUGAAAAAAAGCUGGAAAAAAGUCGUGUGAAAUUCGCUCGCCUUACUUAUACUCCAAUUUGUACAGGAUGUUCGAAAUGUUGGGAGAAGAAGUUAAUGAGUUAUAAAGAAUCUGGUGUCGAAGUAAAUACAAAGAAAUCAUCAUCUCUAUUAGGAAGAAUAUUUGGAUUCUCACUAAGCAGUAAUAAUAACAAAUCAAAUAUUGAUGAAGUGAAAAGUAUAGAAAUUCAACAAGAAAUCAAAGCUAAGGGUUCCAUAGAUAAUCCUGCAUGUGGAGAACUAAAGGAAUUAAUCGUUGAAAAGGCUUCUGGAUUCACAAUCACUCCAGAAGGAGCAAGUCUGUGUAUGGCAGUAAAUUUAUGA